AUGUCAGCUGUUUUUGGUGUCGCAAGAAUCUUUGCAUCAUUCAAUGAUACAUUCGUCCACGUUACUGAUUUAUCAGGAAAAGAAACCAUUGCCAGAGUUACUGGUGGUAUGAAAGUUAAAGCUGAUAGAGAUGAAUCAUCUCCAUAUGCUGCUAUGUUGGCUGCUCAAGAUGUUGCUGCUAAAUGUAAAGAAGUUGGUAUAACUGCUGUUCAUAUUAAAUUAAGAGCUACUGGUGGUACUAAAACUAAAACUCCAGGUCCAGGUGGUCAAUCAGCUUUAAGAGCUUUAGCUAGAUCAGGUUUAAGAAUUGGUAGAAUUGAAGAUGUUACUCCAGUUCCAUCUGAUUCUACUAGAAGAAAAGGUGGUAGAAGAGGUAGAAGAUUAUAA